AUGGACAUAACAAGCUUUGAAGACUUUAUCUUUGCUGGCUCGACGACGGCCUCACCCGUGUUUCUUCGAUUUCUGAGGAGUCUUAGACAGGAGGUGUCAGCUCGGGGUGUGUUUACACAUGGCGAUAUCCGACCUGCAAACAUUAUUGUGCGUCAAGGCGAAGACUUGACUUGGAAAGUCGUCGCGCUUAUUGAUUGGGAGACCAGUGGCUUCUAUCCUUCAUACUGGGAAUGCGUCAAGAUGACAAACAAUUUCCAUCAUACAGACAAUCACGACUGGUACUUGUACCUGCCAGAAUCUGUAUCUCAACAUCGGUAUCCCGUUGACUGGCUCGUCGACAGAGUAUUGGAUAUUCAUCUUAAGAAUAGUUAG